AUGAAGAAUAUAAAGCUGAGCUGGAGGAGAAGAACUACCAUCUUUGUAUGUGAGCAAGAAAUCCAGACCCUUAAUGGGGAAAUAGAACGUCUUAAAAAUGCUUCGAAAGAAGAAAUAGAAGAGUUGAAGUCUGAAAUCUCCAGCCUGAAAAGUUGGCUAUAUCAAGCUAAAAAGGAUAUACAAGAUAAGGAAAACUAUAUCUCUGAUUUAGAAAAAGCAGAUGAAGAUAUAGAUGAAUUCAUAAAAGAUUACAGACUCUAUCUUACAGCGGCCAACAUCACUACUGCUAAUACAUAUGACAAACAGAGAGCUUUAGAACUAUUUUGGUCAUGCUUGAUAAAUGAGACAUCACCCAAUAUGGACGCUAUAGUAGCCUUAAAUAAUGUUAACAUAAAUGGUGCUAUGAUCAAUGCACCAGAUGGUACUCCAGCAUCAGCAUUACCAGGUAGAGCUACUGGCGCUACAGUUAUUCCAGCAUAUAAUGUUCAUACAAAUGAGGAUUGGUCUCUUGCUAAAGGAUGUUCUGUAGACACUGAUACAGCAACUAAUACACCAAAUGGA